AUGAACGAUAUCGCUGUAUUGCAGAACUAUUUCAAAUCACACGAUGAAUUGGAUCUUCGGAGCAAAAUUCUUUCGCUGUGUAGUGACGUGCUUGGAGGCAAAUGGGCUGAUCUCCAUCCGGACAACGUCUCAAUCAGUCAUGUGCGUGGUGGUCUGACAAAUCUCGUCUAUUUGGUGAGCCGGCCAAAAUUCUCAUCAUCGGACGAUCAGCCGUCUACCGUACUACUGCGAAUUCAAUCACAAACCGAUCACGAAAAACUGCUCAAUGAACUUGUCGUGUUCACUUCGUUAGCUGAGAGUGGUUCUCGGCCAAAACUACUGGAACUUCCUGAGCGCUUUGAAGAUACAUCCUACGACCCUGUCCGAUCAUCAUGA